AUGGCGGAGAAACUUAUGCAAGCAGUUCAGUACGAUUCCUAUGGCGGAGGUGCAUCUGGAUUGAAGCAUGUUGAAGUUCCUGUUCCAACUCCAAAGGACGAUGAAGUUUUACUCAAAUUGGAAGCAACUGGCAUUAAUCCGGUUGAUUGGAAGAUUCAGAAGGGUGCUCUUCGCGCAAUGCUUCUGCCGGGAAAAUUUCCCCAUAUACCCUGCACUGAUGUAUCAGGAGAGGUAGUAGAGGUUGGACAGCAAGUGAAGGAUUUUAAAGCUGGUGAUAAAGUUCUUGCUAAACUAUCAACUCAAUAUGGAGGUGGACUAGCCGAGUUUGCGGUGGCCAGCGAGAGCUUAACAGUUGCCAGACCAUCUGAAGUUUCAGCUGCUGAUGCUGCAGGUUUACCUGUAGCCGGUGUCACAGCUCAUGACGCGCUCACAGAGAUUGGAGGAAUUAAGCUUGAUGGGAGCGAUCCCAAGAAUGUUUUGAUAACUGCUGCUUCAGGCGGUGUAGGUCUUUACGCAGUUCAACUUGCCAAACUAGGAAGCAACCAUGUGACAGCCACUUGUGGCGCUCGCAACAUUGACCUCGUUAAGGGCUUAGGUGCUGACGAGGUUCUUGACUACAAAACUCCAGAGGGAGUAUCUUUAAAGAGUCCGUCUGGUAAGAAAUACGAUGCAGUGAUAAAUUGUGCUUCUGGAAUACGAUGGUCAACUUUUGAUCCUAAUUUGGCUAAAAAUGGAGUUGUUGUGGAUUUAACACCUAGCCCAAGAUCAAUGUUUACCUUUGCCAUGAAGAAACUUAUGUUUUCGAAGAAGCGGUUGGUGCCUUUUGUUGUAUCUAUCAAAGCCGGGGGCUUGAAACAUCUUGCUCAGUUAGUGAAGGAUGGAAAACUGAAGACAAUUAUUGACUCCAAGUUUCCUUUGAGCAAAGCUGAAGAUGCUUGGGCUAAGAGCAUUGAUGGCCAUGCUACUGGAAAAAUCAUUGUAGAACUAUAG